AUGACAAAAGUGGAUCUGUGCAGUGAGGAUGACUUACCUUCCAGAAGAAUAUAUGCAGCAUUCGAACAGAAGUAUGGUGACAAACAAACAUGUGAGCACAACAGCUCCUGGACAGAACAAAUGAGGACUAUACUGGAGGGUAAUUUGAGAGGGAUCUUCAAAGAUGAAGGAGAAUAUGCCAAAGAAAUUACACAAGCUUGGUGCCAUGUAUCCAAAAUGAAUACAACGAGUCAAUCACCUUGUUCAGUAAUUUGUGAUUUCUUUUAUUUUUGGCUGGGAAAUAUGUUAUAUGACAAAUGGAAGGGGACUGCUUCAUUUAAGGCUAUUAUGGAGAACAUGUACACUAAAUUGCAGGGCUUCAACAACCAAUGUAGUUAUGAAACUAUAGACAAUACAGAUGACACAACUCUCUUUAAAGAAAGAAAAACCAUCUUUGACUAUUAUUAUGACUACCGAACCAUAUGGAAGGGAAUAAAUGCUUCUAAAGGGUCAUGUACACAGGUAUAUAACUCCUAUUUAGAGGCAGCUGAUUCAGCUUAUAGGCAGUUAGAAGCAAGUGCUGACAGUGAUAAUGAUGAUUUCUGUACUAAAAUUGUAAAUAAAAUUGGGGAUGGUAAAAACAAAAUCCCACCACCAUCACAACUGCAGUCUAAAGCACUGUCUGAUGGAGGGAAGGAACUUCCACCAGGCGGAGAGGACGGGGACGGAGGUGGAAAGGAUCUCCUUUCCUGUUUCACACCAAAAUCUAAACCAAAUCCCAAUCCAAACCAAGCUGGUAGUAGUGGAAGUUUUAGUGAUGCUGAUAAUGGUUCUGCUAGCAGUGCCAUGGCACCUGCUGCCUUUUCUAGCGGUGCAUUGGCUGCAGUAGCAUUACCAACAAUGCUAUUCUUUUUAUAUAAAGUAAUACUACAUAAUUAUAAUAUAUAA